AUGAGGACUCUACUGGUCUGUUCUGCCUGCCUCGUUCUCCUCAGCUGCCUCAGUGCGCCUGUGGAGAGCCGAACUCUGCAUGUGGACAACUGUUCAGUCAUUGUUCACACUCACGAGCUGCGCAAAUAUUACUCAGACUUAAGGCCACAUGCUAUUUCAGAAGACAGUGAGAUUGGAGUGAGACUUCUGGACAGAUCUCUGAUGAAAGGUGUUCAGGAGGGCCAGACGUGCUGCUUCCUGCGUCUGCUGAUGCGCUUCUACGUGGAGCGAGUGUUCGGGAACUACGCGUCCUCUGGGCCGCAGCAGAAGCGCAGCUCCAGCGCGCUGGCGAACGCUUUCGUCAGCAUCAGAAGAGACGUGCACACAUGCCACUGCCACUGCGCAGAGCACACCCAGAGAAGCAUCGACUCCGUCCAUUCCGAGUUUAUCAAGCUCCAGACACAAGCGGCCGCACAGAAGGCGGUGGGAGAACUGGACACCGUGCUGAGCUGGCUGGAGGGCCUGGGGCACAAAGCAUAAAUCAGGGGUUGUUCAUCUGCUGCUGAAUUGUAGACAAUUGAUUUGUUCAUUUACCUUUUGUGUCAAUUUGUGUGUUUGUAUUAGUACUUAAUUUAAAAUAGAUUGAUUAUAAAUUCAAAGAAAAGUGUAUUGUUUUUUUUACGGUCUUUUCAAUGAAGAGGUCAUUUUGAAUUUAUGAGGAACAGGGACCUGCUGUAGUGUUUCUUUUGACAUUUUCAAAAUUCAUAAGUAGAGUUGAAAAACA